AUGGACCAGAACUCACCUGGCCUCCAGGGCAAGACGGCAGCUCCCCUCGGCAGCCAAAAUGAAAACCAAAAAUCUAGCCCCUCGUACCACCAGACCAAUGUGAAUGCCCCUGUGCCCAUUAUCCACACUCAAAGACUCAGCCACCAGGAACUCUCGGCGCCCACACCUAUAGUCCGACGGGUCAGCAUCCAGGAACCGCCAGCAUCUCUCUUCCUCCCUCACAGGCUCAGCACUCAGAUUUCUUCCCUGCCCACCAUCCUCCCACGAAGGACCAGUGUCCAAGAGAGCCCUUCUCAGGGUCUCCAGCCCAGCACACACGACAUGCAGUCUAUUGCCUACAGCCGCUGGCUUAACUCCAGAGAGGCCUCCUCCAUUUCCCCUACUAGCCGAUUCGGCGUCCUGAGCUCUCACGCCCUGGGUAGCGUCCGGUCAGAAAUCCAGAGCUUACAAGCCAACAAUGAAAGCCGCCAUUCCGUGACCCAGUCACACGCCCGGCCCAGUGUGGAUGUCCCCCCAUCCCUAACCCAGAGCCCAGCGGCCAGCAUCGGAAGCUUUGAGUCCUUUAUCUGGGACUCCGAGGAGAGUUUGAAAGAAUUUUCAUGUGACUCUCUGUCUAGUCAGAAUACUGAAGACAACACAACCAAGGUGCCAAGCACUGCUUCUACAAUGGGCUCGACACGGACUAACAGCAAGAGCUGGUCACUGCUUCCCAUAGGCUGGAGGCUGUUGCUCGAAGGCAAGAAGAUCAGCAGGUACCUUAGCCUGGUGCUGACUGUGGCUGGCAUGGUGAUGCUCAGCCUCAUUGCCUUGUGGCAGCCCUGGAUCCACUUCCAAGUGCCUCUGACGCCUCCAGAGGACCCCACCGGCCCCAACACCAUCCCCAUCGACACCAUCUUUUUUAUGCGCUGCCCCGACAUCUCCUGCAUGAACGAAUAUGACAAGAAUGCUUACUUGCUGGACCUGGCCUGGGCCUGCCUCCUCAUCUCCGGCAUCAUGAGCUUCUGCGUGUGUAUGGGUCUCAUCAGCACUAUAUUCUUCCCCAGCACCAACCUGCCCUUGAUGGACUUCUCUCUCUUCGUCUGCAGCCUCAUGACAGGGGUCAGCAUCAUUCUGGGGGUCCUGUUCUACCUGAUGCAAGCCCGGAAGUUCCUGCAGGAGGGCAUGACCUACAUGCUGGGGAACAGUUUCUACCUGGCCUGGAUCAACGUCUUCUUCUUCUCCAUGACUGGCCUCUUCUCCUAUCUGAACUACAUGAACUUCUGGUCCAUCCUGGCACGCCAGGCCAUAUGGUCUUAG